UGGGAGCGCGAGUUUGGAAAUUUAGGCCUUUAGAUUGGAAACCUCAAAGCGGUGCCGCCGUGUUUGCAGCGCUACGCCCACUUCGCCACUGACUUGCUCGUCACGCCCUUCUUUGUUUUCCGCAACCCGGGUGGCUUCGUUGCACGGUGACUUCCGUGGGAGUCCCUAAUUUUAGGAGGACCGGGUACCGGUGCGGUGCAGCCAGGAAGCCGUCUGCACCAGCUGUGGGUCCUGGGGAAGCGUGGAGUCCCCUGCAGUUCCGAAUAUAACCUGGCCGAGCGGGACUUUUCCUGGGCAUCUUGUCCCGGCUCGUUGUGGAGGGUUAUUCCCGCUGCACAGGCCCACGACUAUUCGGCAGCAGCUUAACUACGGUUUUCUCAACAUUUCUCCUAGAGAAAACGAAGCCAGAGGAAAAUGUUUGUUUUCCCUAAAAUAUCUUUAAGACUUGAGGUUGAAAACUAUCUUAAAGAAAGUUUUAUGAAUAAAGAGCUUGUGUCUGCUUUAGGUAAGCACGAAGCAGAAAGGAAGUUUGAAAGUCUAUUAAGUCACUUAUCAUACCCUCCAUCAUUCACUACUGUCAGAGUAAAUACACAUUUAGCAUCAGUACAGCAUGUGAAAAAUCUGUUAUGUGACGAACUUCAGAAGCAGUAUGAUGGAUUAAGUGUUCCUAUUCUUCAACAUCCGGAUCUUCAGGAUAUCUUACUUAUUCCUGUUAUUGGACCUAGGAAGAACAUAAAGAAACAACAGCAUGAAGCCAUUGUUGGAGCCCAGUGUGGCAAUGCAGUGUUAAGAGGAGCACAUGUAUAUGUUCCAGGAAUUGUGUCAGCUUCAAAAUUUAUGAAAGCUGGAGAUGUUAUUUCUGUGUACUCUGAUGUUAAAGGCAAAUGUAAGAAAGGAGCUAAAGAAUUUGAUGGAACAAAAGUAUUUCUUGGAAAUGGAGUUUCUGAACUAAGCCGAAAAGAAAUCUUUGGUGGGCUACCUGAACUGAAAGGUAUAGGCAUAAGAAUGACAGAGCCUGUGUAUCUCAGCCCUUCAUUUGACAAUCUAUUGCCUGGAUAUGUAUUUUUACAGAAUUUGCCAUCCGCUGUAGUAACUCAUGUUUUGGAUCCUCAACCUGGGGAGAAGAUUCUAGAUUUGUGUGCAGCACCUGGAGGCAAAACAACACACAUUGCAGCAUUCAUGCAUGAUCAGGGAGAAGUUAUAGCGCUUGAUAAAAUAUCCAACAAAGUGGAAAAAAUAAGGCAGAAUGCUUUAUUGUUAGGAUUAAAUUCCAUCAGAGCAUUUUGUUUUGAUGGAACGAAGGCUCUUAAAUUCAGUAUGGACACAGAAGGGGAACCGCCAUUCUUACCAGAAUCUUUUGAUCGAGUUCUUCUUGAUGCACCUUGUAGUGGAAUGGGACAGAGACCAAACAUGGCUUGUGCUUGGACUUUAAAAGAGGUGACAUCAUACCAGCCAUUACAGCGAAAGCUUUUUACAGUGGCAGUUCAGCUGCUGAAGCCAGGGGGCGUACUGGUUUAUAGUACGUGCACUAUCACACUGGCAGAGAAUGAAGAGCAAGUUGCCUGGGCCCUCAAGACAUUUCCUUGCCUUGAGCUUCAGUCCCAGGAACCACACAUUGGAGGAGAGGGAAUGAUGGGAGCUGGCCUGCCACCUAAACAAUUGAAACAGCUGCAGCGAUUUGAUCCAUCUGCUGUGCCAUUACAGGAUACUGAUAUUGAUUCUUUCAGAGAUGCCAGAACAGAAGACAUGAUUUGGCUGGCAAAUAAGGAUUGUAUAGGUUUUUUUAUUGCAAAAUUUGUAAAAUGCAAAAGCUCAUAGGCUUUUAGAAUUGAAAAUUCUAAACAUUUGCUCUGUGUGUGUGUUUAGCCAAACUGUUGUCAGACCAAGUGAUUUGAUGGCAUGGUUGUUAAGGAAACAGAAAAGACUGCCACCUAUUUUACCAGAGAUCAAGAGAGACAGAGGAAGUAGUCAAGAAGUGGGAUGAGAUUAUAUUUUGUGUUUUUAAAGAAUUUUUUCAUCAUGAAUUUAUCAGUAUAAGGAAAAGGAGAUGCCUAGGACAUAGUUUCAUUGGGAGUCUUCUGUUUUAAUUUAUGAAGAACACAAGUAAUUUUUAAUGUUAAAAUCAGUGAAUCUAAUAAAAGGAAUAAAAUUAGUUAUAGUUCAUUUGGCUGUAAAAAUAAUUGUAAAUAAUUCCACAAGUUGAGGCAUGGGAAGCGGAAUAUUUACCAUGUGUCAAAACCUGGGCAUUUUACCUGAGUCUGCUUGUUACUUAGUAAAUCAACUCUUCAAAAUGAAGUUUGGGCCCCGUCCAUAUGAUAGUCUGCCUUAACUCUGUUAUUGUUCAUGAUUUUAGACUAAAAAUAGGGUGAUUAUUUUCUUCAUUUUGUAGAUAACAAAAAUGAGAAUAUUCUCAAUUUGAGUACAUUUCACCUACUGGGUUACAUAUUAUGUAAGUCAUUAUACAUUUAAGUGGUGAGAAAAAGAAAACCUGCUUCUAACAGCUAGACCUUGGAAUUUUAGUGAACAUGAACAAUUUCAUAGAACACCAACAUCAGAUAAGACAACUGUGACUAUGACAGACCAUGACAAAGAAAGAGAACUUUAUAGUCUAUUUUGAAUUCAGACAAAAUCUACACAAUCAUCUGAAGCAGAAGUAAGUAAAUAUACCUGUGCAGUGGUCAAUAGAAAAGAUUACAUUAAAAAAAAAAAUGUAACCUUAAGCUUCAUCUACCUGCUUUUUAGGUUAUUAAAGAGUCAUUAAAAUAGCACAGUUUAAAUAUUCAUUUGGUAUUAACUACAUGUUUUAUUGACUUUGUGAUCAGCCCCAAAUUCCUAAACCAAAAUAGACAUUUAGAAAUAAUCGCUACUAGUUUCACUUUUUCCUCAGGAACUUCUUAAAAGUAUUCUGUCUAUCAAGAUUGCAAGGUCUCUUGGAUCAGGUAAGGCCUUUAUUUAGUCUCUUUUGGGAAGAAAGAUUACUUGAACCACCUUUGCUGAAAGUUGGUUAGGCAUACAUCUUUAGUGGUAAACAAAUUAUGUACAGCAACUGAUAAGUGUUUCCCUUAUUACUUUUCACUAACUUACUUGAACUUCUACCCAAUGAAAUGGGAAAUCCUGGAGGCAAAGAGCCUGUCAUUUCUGUUACCAUUUCUGAGUAGAUCAACAAAUGCUUAUGGGACAAGGGAAAAGUACUUCAUGCUUAAGAUUCGAAUGUGUAACUGACUUCUUUCCCUUCGAUUUAUGUUAUAUGUAGUAUCACUGGUUUACCUGUGAUACUUCCUUUUCUGUGACUCAGUGUACUACCUAAAACUUUAAACGAGUUUUUAAAAAUCCACAAAAUUCAUUUCUCACACUCUCUACACAAUCUAGCCAUGUGUAUUAAGCUGGAAUGAAAAUGGGAAUCAGUCCAGCAGCAAAUUUGUGAUUUUUGAUGAUUGCUUGUAUUUUUAUAUUUAUUAGUAUUAUAGUGUAAAUUUUAAAAACUUCCAUAUGGAAUUAAGUGUGGACACUGUUUACAACUUUACCUUUAAAGUACUCAGAAAUGGUACCUUAUUUUGUGUUGUAUUUUUUCCUCCCCAAAAUAGAGCAAAUUGAAAUAAAAGAUUCAAUUUUAAGGGCCAUUGAAACUUCAGGGAAAAUAUCAGGGAGAUGCGGAGAAAGAACAUAAUAUAUUCAUUUAACAUAUUUAGUGUUAACAGAUUCAGUAUAACAGGAAAACAUUUUAAUUCAACACCAGUACAUUUUAGUUAAUGUAGCACAGUACAAAUAGAUGAAAAUAUAAGUUAACUAAAAUUGAACUGACCCAGAACCAUUUAGUUACCUGUAUUGUUUAACAGCCUAGCUCUUGGAGUUUGAAUAAGAUCAGAGUGCCCAAGACUAGUGGCAUUACAUCACUGAAUAAAGGAACAAAUAAGGGUGAGGAGUUAAUUUUGUUACAAAGAUGGAUCUUGGAGCUUCCUUUCUAAAUGAAAAAAACUUCAAACCUGGAAACAAGAAUUACUGCACAUGUGCAAGUCAGGUGAGAGGACAAUUCUGUGUUUAAAUCUUAAAAUUUCUUUUCCUACGUGAAGUUAUCUUUUUUUAAAUCAGACAUAAUGGGAAGAACACUAAGGAGUAGCAGUGAUUGUCCUUGCCCAUGAAGAUGAGGCUCCACAAAGGGUAAGUGUUGUUGACUAUUUAAAAUUCUCACUAUGAUUGGUAAUUAAUACUACCAAUAAUAAACAGUGCAGAAGCCAGCUCUUUAUUUGUUUUAUAUGAAUGACUUUAAACCAGGUUUGUCGAACAGUUCAGUGUAGCUGACAGUGGAUUUAACAGGAAUGCAGAGCAGACCAUGUUAAAAAUGUGGCAUUGUCCCAAAGUACAAUAUAACUAAGACAUCCUACAUUUAGCAGCACCUUUUUGUAACAGUAACUUAAAUGAGCAGUAGAGAAAGAGCAUAGGAAAAAUUGAAAUGGAUUUGACAAAAAACAUAGAACUGUUGAGAACAUUUCCAGCAUUUUCUAGGUUGACUACAAAAAUUGAUUCUACAAUUGAGUUAAGUUAAGAUUAAGCCUUUGCUGUGUGAAGAGACUAAUUUUACAUUCCACAAGUCAGUAAGUAAUCCAUUGUCCUUGGGAUGAUUUCUUCAUUUACAAAUUUAGCAUGUACUGUUUACAUAUAUGCCCACUAUACAAUUUUCACAUAUACUCUUAAGUCAAAUCCUUCAAUAUACUUUCUGAGGAGUACUAUAGUGUAGACUAACAUGUUUCACAGUAAAGUGAAAAACUAAAAAUUCAGGUACAAAAUUUAAAAAAUGGAAUCAUUAGCAUGACUCAGAGGGGUUAAUGGUAGCAGCAAGUAAGAUAAAUACCAGUUAAACUAAGAAUUUAAUUAUUCCACAGUCUAAUUAAUUAGGGUGAAAGUAUGUGGUAAGGAUGGGAGUGGUGAUCAAUGACAUCUUACUUACCAUGAUGGAAAAUUUAUUAGAAAGUUUAUAAAAGCAGUUUAAAUUGGAAUAUGGUAUGUAAUGAGCUGAAAUUUUUGCAUCAAAAUUAAUAUAUAUAUUAUGACUUUUUCUAUUCAAUAAAUAAAUCCAUGUCAGUAGUACAGAGCUAAUUAACAAAUAUUGAUUGAAGGGAAUGUUUCAUAUAUUAGUUGAUAAAAUACUAUGUAUAUAUCAUUUUUUUAAAACAUUUUUCUUGAGGCUUAGGGGAAAUGAGUUAAAUGUAAAAUAGUUUUACUUAGAAAGGCCCAAGAAUAUUUGGCAGGAACCUAGAUUAAAGAAACAAAACAGAAAAAUCAGGUUCUUAUUUAACAAAAUAUCACAUAGGAAUCAGAAGUUAGGCAAUCAUAGAGGCAUUUUGUAAGGACAAACUUCAAGAGCUAGUUACUUACACAUCUAAUACUGUUUUAUCUGUCCAGUAAUAACUGGACAAAAUGUACAUGUAUACAUGUAAGAGACAAAAGGUUUCGUCCUAGUGUGAUAACCAUUGUGAGCUUCUUAUACAGCAGGAUAAUUGAGGCAUGGAGAUAGUAUCUUCUAGGCUUCCCUUCAGAGUAGAUGUCUGACAUAGGAAAAUAUGUUUAAUAUUUUAUGCACUUUAACUCAUCUCAUUUUGCCCUGAUUAUUUAAGAGCAGAAACUUUGGUUGUAAGAAGCACUUCUGGGUUUUGAAAGACAAUGCAACUUUUUCAGUUGGUGGUGAGAUGGAAUGAGAGGUAAACAGGAACAAUAGGCGAAGUUAGAAAAGGAAAUGGGAGAAAUUAGAAAAAUUUAUUUUCCUAUGAAAUAAUUCUACAAGCGGUGUAAACGUUUCUUACUAAAACAUACUCAAGCACACAAAGAUUGUACAUUCCAGUGAGACACUAACAGUUAAAAGUAGCCUGUACUUUCACUCUCUAGGAGCAAAAACAAGGAGCCAGCAGAUGAAUGCUUUCCUAGUUACCUUUGGCAGCAAGCUUCCUCACAUUCCCUGACUGCUCACUGGGUCAUUAAAGCAACGUACAGCACAAUUAAAUACAAAGCCAGGUGGGUAGAAUUCUAGAUUUCAGUCUCUAGUUUUCUCAUUAGUAUUCACAACCAGUCACUCGUGCACACUCUUCCACACAGACGCACGUGCAUACAGGACUCCGGCUCGUAUACUCCAGUGCAGUGACAGUAAGACACUAGUUACUAUGAAUGUGUUUGUCACCAUCAGUGUGAACUGCAUGGAUUAGAACAACCUUUGGGGUUUGGUUAUAUAUGCCAUAAUUUAUGGUCAAAAUUAUAAACUUACAAGGAUGGUAAAACAUUUAGAAAUCAAACUUUUUCAAGUUAAGCAAUCACGCAUAUUUACAGUAUAUACAGACUUUCUACUAAAGUGGGGAUAGGUGUCUAGACGAUGUUAUUACAAAUUUCCUGAAUGUGGGCAUUUCUAGUCCCUGUAAUUCAUAAAGCAAAUCUGCUGACUUGGCAUUAAGACUCUAAAAUAGUGUGAUCAAACUGAUAUAUAUAUAUAUUAUUAUAAGAAGGUGUUUGCAGAAAUAACAUUUACAAACUGUCUAUACAGUACACAGUACUAGUACAUAGAAAAUAGAUUCUAACUUUAUGAUCCCCUUUGUGUAAGGCAAGACUGAAUCUGUCCCCAAAUUUAGUCAGCCAGAGGUACAAGCAACAGUGGUCCGUGAAUAAAUGAAGAUGCAAAUCAGGUGUCUAUCUAUUAAAAACCUGGAGAUUUGAGAAAUUCCACUUUUAUCUGGGCUGAUUCUGGUUUGCUGGACAUAGGAACUACAUUUCUUAAAAUACUUUGCCACCUGGAUGGCAACAGGUUUUGUUCAAGUGGCAACUACCCCAAAUAGUUUUUGGAAAGUCCAGUAUACAAUUGGAGGACUGCAGCUGUACCAGGCGAUUUAUAGAACACAUACAAAAGAAAAAAUGUUAAUACUCUAUCUCAUGCUAUUGCUAUUCAAGCAACAGCAAUACAACAUAUACAAGACAGAUCACAUGAUUUGCAAUGUAGACCUCAAAGAAUGUCUGAGGGUGCUGUUACACAAGACUUAAAAAAAAAAAAAAAA